AUGGACCCCUCCGACCUCGACCCCGAAAUGGCAGCCGCGAUGGGCUUCUCCUCCUUCGGAAUGCAACCGUCCGCGAAGAAGCGCAAAUACAACAACCGAACCGACGCCGUCGCCUCCUCCUCCUCCGCAACCGGCGCGAACCAAGUCGCCCUCGCACCCCGCGCGCCUCCCACCACCACCUCCACCUCCACCACCGCUCCCGAAGCCGCAAACACGGACGAGAUAGCCCUCGACUCCGACGACAACGAAGCCGACAGAGACGCACAAGACGACGACGGCGGCGGCGCGAGCCUCUACGCCGACCCCGCCGUCGCCCCCGCGCUCGCGCACGCGCAGAGUCUGAUCGACGAGCUGGCGACCCGCGGAGGCAUCGCCGCGGGAGGCGGCGGCGAGAACGGCGUCGCUCCGCAGCCCGUCGCCACCGCGCCGUCGGGCUUGCCUCAGAGACCCAACGCUUCGUGGGGCACGGAGAUGGGCGCGGCGCCGAAGACUUUGACGCCGCGGAGUCUGUAUCAGCGGAAUAUGAGGGAACGGAACCGGAACCCCCCGCCCCCGCGCCUUCAACACCCCGGCGACAAGCAUUGGUAUGAGGGGUACUACGACCCCAGGUCCAACGAGGACCCGUGGGAGGUGCUCGAGUUGAGCAUGAGAGGUCGGGCUGGGGAGGUCGCUUCGUCUUCAAAGAGGCAGGCUGCUGGUGUGCCGUGA